CCACACGUUUAACGCUUUAAUUCCUUUAUAGAGUAAUAAUUAUAUAUCUGUAUAUGUUAGUUGCCAAUAUAUAUUAAUUAUGCCGAAAGUAAAAACAGAGAAGAAAAGUCGCAUACACAAUGAAGUGCAAAAACAAGGCAUUGUCUUCAACAAGGAUUUUGGACAGCAUAUUCUGAAAAAUCCAUUGAUCAUAACUGCCAUGCUGGAAAAAUCUGCGUUGCGACCCACCGACAUUGUGCUGGAAAUUGGUCCUGGUACUGGCAAUAUGACUGUACGUAUUUUGGAGCGUGCCAAGAAAGUGAUUGCAUGUGAAAUCGACACACGACUGGCCGCUGAGCUGCAGAAACGUGUGCAGGCCACAUCGAUGCAGCCAAAACUGCAGGUGCUUAUAGGUGACUUCCUGAAGGCGGAGCUACCCUUCUUUGAUCUGUGCAUUGCCAACGUUCCCUACCAGAUCAGUUCCCCACUCAUAUUUAAGUUACUCCUUCAUCGACCGAUCUUCCGUUGCGCCGUGCUGAUGUUUCAGCGUGAGUUUGCACAGAGGUUGGUCGCCAAACCGGGCGACAAGCUAUACUGUCGAUUGAGCAUUAAUACGCAAUUGCUAGCACGUGUGGACAUGCUGAUGAAGGUGGGCAAAAAUAACUUUAGGCCGCCGCCAAAGGUCGAAUCUAGUGUGGUGCGCUUGGAGCCAAAAAAUCCGCCGCCGCCAGUCAACUUUACCGAAUGGGAUGGUCUUACAAGAAUUGCAUUUCUACGCAAAAAUAAAACGCUUGCUGCGACCUUCAAAAUAAAUUCUGUGAUUGAAAUGCUCGAGAAAAACUACAAACUGCACCGUUCGCUGCGAAAUGAGAAAAUCGAGGAUGAUUUGAAUAUGCAGGCCAAAGUGAUUGACAUACUUGAGCGGCUAGAAAUGGCCACUUCACGUGCCCGAACCAUGGACAUUGAUGACUUUAUGCGCCUGUUGCUAGCCUUUAACUCAGAGGGCAUACAUUUUAACUAAACAUGUAUGCUGGACUUGAUUAGUUGCGUAAUUUGUACUUUAUAUUGUGAAAAUAACAUUAAUGUUUAAUAAGAAGCUUUAAAAAUGA